CGAGACGGACGGACGGAUGUGUGCGUCCUCGCUGCUCCACCUUCACGACUUCAUCCCACAAACCACGGGACGCUUCAGUCUGACUGAACCCUCGGACCUCUCCUCUCUGUCUCUUCAUCAGGCUCUUAUCGCAGUUUUCAGUUCGCUCGUGUCUUUUGUGUGUUUUUCUCCUGCUGAAGCCUUUUGAGUUGACUGGUACCAGCAGGAGGAGGAGGAGGAGAAAGAGGGAAAAGCGCCUUGCAGGAGGAAAAGAGGAGAAUAUGCAAGAUUGCACCGCUGACUCCUGCACUGAUUUUUCCACGAUUUCAAAGUAAAGCUCUCGAACGCUUUUGUUCCGUCCUCCCUGGAUGCACGGCGAGUAGAGGAGGAGAGGGACGCAGGAGAAGCCGAGGGACAAGGGGGCUGCAGCCUCACAAACAAGCCGAGGGAUCAUCACCACAGACCCGGGAGCGUCCUCGACUUACAGGGGGUCUCACCCUGACACCCGGAGAGGAAACAUGUCAUCCAUGAAAUACAAGAAGGAUAAGGAGAUCAUAGCGGACUAUGAGACCCAAGUGAAAGAGAUCCGUAACCAGCUGGUGGAGCAGUUCAAAUGCUUGGAGCAGCAGUCUGAGUCCCGCAUCCAGCUGCUGCAGGACCUGCAGGAGUUCUUCCGCCGCAAAGCCGAGAUCGAACUGGAAUACUCCCGCAGCUUAGAGAAGCUGGCCGAGAGGUUCUCCUCCAAGAUCCGCAGCUCCAGAGAACAUCAACAGUUCAAAAAAGACCAGCACCUGCUGUCCUCAGUAAACAGCUGGUACCUGGUGCUAAACCAGACGAGGCGUGAGAGCCGUGACCAUGCCACCCUCAGCGAGAUCUACACCAACAACGUCAUUGUCCGCUUGGCCCAGAUCAGCGAGGAUGUCAUCCGCCUGUUCAAGAAGAGCAAGGACAUUGGGAUCCAGAUGCACGAGGAGCUGGUGAAAGUGACAAAUGAACUCUACACUGUGAUGAAAACAUACCACAUGUAUCACACCGAGAGCAUCAGUGCAGAGAGUAAGCUGAAGGACGCUGAGAAGCAGGAGGAGAAGCAGUUCAGCAAGUCGGGAGACCUCAACGUGAACCUCCUGCGUCACGAGGACCGCCAGCCCAGACGCAGCUCUGUCAGGAAGAUUGAGAAGAUGAAGGAGAAGAGGCAGGCCAAGUACUCAGAGAAUAAGCUGAAAUGCACAAAAGCCCGGAAUGACUAUUUGUUGAACCUGGCAGCGACAAAUGCAGUUGUGGCGAAAUAUUACAUCCAUGACGUCUCUGAUAUGAUUGAUUGCUGUGACCUUGGCUACCAUGCCAGCUUGGCACGCACCUUCAGGACAUAUUUAUCUGCCGAGUACAACUUGGAGACCUCCCGUCACGAGGGACUGGACAUCAUUGAGAAUGCAGUGGACAACUUGGACUCUCGCAGUGACAAGCACAAGAUCAUGGAUAUGCAUAACCAGGUGUUCUGUCCUCCGAUGCGCUUUGAAUACCUGCCACACAUGGGAGAUGAGGUGUGCCAGGUGAGUGCCCAGCAGCCUGUCCAGACCGAACUCCUGAUGCGCUACCACCAACUGCAGUCUCGCUUAGCCACGCUUAAGAUUGAGAAUGAGGAGGUGAGGAAGACCUUGGAUGCUACCAUGCAGACGCUGCAGGACAUGCUGACGGUGGAGGACUUUGACGUGUCGGACGCCUUCCAACACAGCCGCUCCACUGAAUCCAUCAAGUCUGUGGUGUCCGAGUCCUACAUGAGCAAGCUAAACGUCGCCAAGAGGAGGUCGAACCAGCAGGAGACAGAAAUGUUCUACUUUUCAAAAUUCAAGGAGUAUCUGAAUGGCAGUAACCUCAUCAUUAAGCUGCAGGCCAAGCACGACUUACUCAAGCAGACACUGGGUGAAGGGGAAAGGGCCGAGUGUGGAACUACAAGGCCCCCCACCCUUCCCCCUAAACCACAGAAAAUGCGGAAGCCUAGGCCACGCUCUGUGUAUAACCAUAAGCUGUUUAACGGCAAUAUGGAGACCUUCAUCAAGGAUUCAGGUCAACCUAUCCCACUCGUUGUUGAGAGCUGUAUCAGAUACAUCAAUUUAUACGGCUUGCAGCAGCAGGGAAUAUUCCGUGUGCCGGGAUCACAGGUGGAGGUCAAUGAUAUUAAAAACUCAUUUGAGAGAGGUGAAGAUCCCUUGAUUGACGACCAGAAUGAGCACGAUAUUAACUCAGCAGCAGGAGUGCUGAAGCUGUACUUCAGAGGGCUGGAGAACCCGCUCUUCCCGAAGGAGCGGUUCCUCGACUUCAUCUCGACCAUCAAGCUGGAGUCCGGAGCCGAGCGAGCGCAUCACAUCCAGCAGAUCGUUGUGACUCUUUCUCGCACCAUCAUCAUCGUCAUGAGAUAUCUGUUUGCUUUUCUCAAUCAUCUCUCCCAGUACAGUGACGAGAACAUGAUGGAUCCAUACAACUUGGCGAUCUGCUUUGGUCCAACCCUGAUGCCCAUCCCCGAUGGCCAGGAUCCUGUAGCGUGCCAGGCACAUGUGAACGAGGUCAUCAAGACCAUCAUCAUCCACAAUGAAGUCAUCUUUCCCAGUCUACGUGAGCUGGACGGACCGGUGUAUGAGAAGUGCAUGACCGGAGGGGAGGAGUACUGUGACAGCCCUCACAGUGAACCAGGAACUAUUGACGAGGCUGAUAAUGGAACUGAGCCACACACCAGUGAUGAAGAGGUUGAACAGAUUGAAGCCAUUGCUAAGUUUGACUAUGUGGGCCGCAGUCCCAGGGAGCUUUCCUUCAAGAAGGGAGCCUCUCUGCUUCUCUAUCACAGAGCCUCUGAAGACUGGUGGGAGGGUCGUCAUAAUGGUGUCGAUGGUCUCAUCCCACAUCAGUACAUUGUCGUACAAGACCUUGAUGAUGCUUUCUCAGAUAACCUCAGCCAGAAAGCAGAUAGUGAAGCGAGCAGUGGACCAUUACUGGAUGAUAAGGGCUCAUCUAAAAAUGACGUCCCAUCACCAUGUGAACAAUCACCUGAUUACAACUUCGGAGGAGUCAUGGGGAGGGUAAGGUUAAGGUCUGAUGGAGCUGCAAUCCCGCGGCACCGGAGCGGUACAGAAACCCACAGUCCGACUAGAGUGACUGACACUCCACCUCGAGCUGCAGCCUGUCCCAGCAGCCCCCACAAGGUGUCUAUAAGCAAGGGUCGUAUGGAGAGCCCAGAAAAGAGGCGCCUCGGUACCUUUGGCAGCGCGGGCAGCAUCAACUUCCCGGACAGGAAGGCUUAUCCUGAGGGCCACCCGCUGAGACCAGUGCCAGGAGCCACUCGUCACAGCAGCCUCGGGGACCACAAAUCGCUGGAGACCGAGGCUCUUGCUGAGGACAUAGAGAAGACUAUGACCACAGCGCUCCAUGAACUACGUGAGCUGGAGCGUCAGAACACAGUGAAACAAGCUCCUGACGUGGUCUUGGACACACUGGAGCCCAUGAAGAACCCGGUCAGCUCUGAGCCCGGCAGUCCGCUGCACACCAUCAUGAUCCGUGAUCCGGAUGCGGCCAUGCGGCGCAGCACCAGCUCCACCUCUGAGAUGAUGACCACCUUCAAACCGGCCCUGUCCGCCCGUCUGGCCGGGGCUCAGCUCCGCCCGCCGCCCAUGAGACCGGUGCGCCCUCCUCCAACUCAGCACCGCUCCAGCAGCUCCAGCUCUUCGGGAGUCGGCAGCCCCGCCGUAACUCCCACUGAGAAAAUGUUUCCAAGUAACAAUACAGCUGCCGGUUCUAACAUGAACACGUCCGGUGACGCUGGGGAUAAAUCAGGUACCAUGUAGCAAAGGUGGAAUCCGGUGGGAAGGUUGUAAAGCUUUCCAAUUAAGGGAGCUCAUGGAAGUCAGAGCUGAUAUGUGAAAAGAAGAUAAAUAUAUUUUCCUCUCAGUUUUCCACCUGACUUAAUUCAUUUAUUCAGGAAGCUUCUGAGGCAAGCCUGCAAGAUGUUACCAUGGUGACAAACGGUUGAAGAAACUACAGAGGUGUGAUAGCGUGAGGCUCAGCUCUCUCUGAGACUUGAUUUAACUAAAGUAAAUGUGUAUAAGAAAUCGUGUGUUUCAGUUUUACCUCAAUCUCAACAAAAGUCUGUGGCCGUGUUCUCGUUUCAGAGAUACAUUGAAUGCAAGUGAAGCAAUACUUGUGUAAAAUUUGGUAUCAGUUUCUACUCAGCACACGCUGUCCAGCUGAUGUUUGUGUCCACAUUCAGGCUAAAACAUCAUGUUUAUUUAUCACUGAGGUCUAUAGGCCUUUUGUCUGUAUAUACAAACUUACUUGAAUCUGCCAUGAUUUCUGUUUGUACUAUACUUCAGUGGAUGUGCAGCAAAGUAACAACAUAGUGACAUUAUAUACGUCUGCAUGCAGGGUUUAAAGAAAAUAAGGGAAACUCAAGGAGCCGUGCUUCACUGAGAGGAGAAUUCUUCUAUGUGGCCUAACUCUGGGGUUGGCGACCUGUCAACCGUAUGCCCCGCCUCUUGCUUAAUGUCAGCUCCAGUCCCCCACAACCCUUAAAGACUAAGCAGUAUAGAUCAUAGAUGGAUGGAACCUUAUUCUUAACUGUUAAAAAAAUACCAGAUGUUCAAAUGCAUGGCAAAGUAAAGUCCCCUCUUCCCCUGGUCAAAACCCACUAACACCUGCUAAUAUCUGGUUUUAUCUGCAAUGGGAAUGGUUACAGUCGGAAUUCACUUCAGGGUCAAAUGACUCUGCAGUAGACAUGUUUUUAUCAGCUUCAAUCUCCACCGAUGGAAAUGAAAAAUGCGGUUGAACGCGGUAAUUCGGCAAGACUGUGAUGAGAGAGAGGUUCUCAGUCGAACAUGACGCACCAGGGGAAAAAAAAGAGAAAGGGAAGCUCCUGCACUGGCAAUGAGAGAGGAGUCAAUCACCUUUUCUAGUGGGUUUAACUUUGUUUAAAAAAACCUUCAUAUACGAUGAUGAUUGAUGAUGAUUUUGGUGUCAGGGAGGUCUAAUACAUCAGGGCCUCACAGCUUUUUUUUAAAAUAGUCAUCCAGUUCAUUGCUACAGAUAAAAGCAUCUCAAUUAUCGGACAUUACUAAUCUGAAUCUUCACAAAGUAAAUUGUGACCUGACGCUGCUGUUUCCAUGUUUUCAUCCUGUUUAUGAAAUACAGAAAACUAAUGCAUCAACCAAUGUAGGAUUUCCUGUGGUAAACUUGUACAUAAUAUAGAGCUAGUAAUUUUGUAAGUGUUAAACUGUACAGGCCUAGACAAAAGAAGGGCAAAGGGUUGAUAUAAUGGCACUUGUAAAAAAAACAAAAAAAAAACAUGAUUCACCUUUUUAUCAUCCCCAGUAAACUACAGACACAUUCUUUGGCUGUGUAAAAUAUAGUUCAAAUCAUCUACCUUGUGCUGUGGGUGUAGAGUGCGUUUGGUAAUUGUACUGUAGAGAAACUUGAUAGCUGUUGAACUGACCACAAUGGCUGAAUAAAUGUCCCCUCCGUUUUCACACAGUGGAUCAAAUUAGCUCUGUUUCCUUCAGGGAACUGAUUUGGGUGAUUUUGUUGUUGCAUAAGAGUCUUUACAGUAAACCACCCUCUUUCAAACUGAAGAUGCAGCGCUCAUGCCAGAGGGACGUGAUGUUGUGACGUUCUCUUAUCGAAACCCUCUUUCCUGCCUUCUCCUUAUCUCCCUUGAUAGAUGCAGUUACGCUCUGACUGUCGUCUUGUUGGAGGAAAACUAAACAAGAGCAUUUCGGUGCUGGUAUCCACUGCACCUCUCGUCAGCCUGACAGCUCCAGUCCAGAGACCUUGUUAUCUGCAUCCCAGGCAGCCUGCUCUGUUGUGCAUGCCCUGCGCUGUAAUGCCGGACUUAUUAUGCUGCAGUUAAAACAAUGGCUGUAUGUGGUGCCUUGCCUUGGUAAAAAAAGAAAGAAAGAAAAGAAAUGAUACACAAAAUAAUUUUAGUAUUGGACUUUUUUUUAAAGCAACAGGCCUUAACAUUUAUCAGGGCUGGAAAUUAUUAAUCAAGCCGCUUGUAGCAGUUGCUGAAGUAGAUAUGAAAGAGAACUAACCACGCUUGACUGAGCAAAAGGAAUCUUAGAUAUUAGCAUGUAAACCAGGCACCAGUCGUUCACUACGUGCUGCAGUGUUGCUGAGGCACAGGCUGCAAACCGAAAAUAUUUGCUUGUGUUGGAUGUAUUAUUUGCUUUUAUGUGCCACGGGCAGAAAUAUCCAGGUUGGGAGGAUUCUUGAUAACAGAGAGAGAAAAGGGCAAUACAGCCUUUAAAGUCACACAUAGCGCAGCCACGCCCUCUGCUGGUUCCUGCUGGUUUUGCUUCUCUUGAUGAAGCAGUGUGAUCUGGAGCCGAUAUUACAAUCAACUGGUUCAAUCACGUAGCUCAUCUUUUUCUGUCCUGGUCGCAGUUUUUGCACCUCUUGAAAUCUCUGAAUAUAAAAAAAUCUAGGUUUAUUUAAAUAUGAAGAAAGCACACGAUUUCAUGAAUGAAAUUGACAUCAUUGUAUUUAACUAGACUGUUUCUUUUUUAUUUAUAGAGGAGUGGAGGAAGUGGAGCAGGGAAUUUGAGUGCCUUUUGUGCACAGCAUCAGUUUUUAUUGGACUUUUAUAUUUACUUUUUUUAACUGUAAUAUGUCAUUUGUUAGUUUGUCAUGUUGAUUAUGAACUGAUGUUGCUUUUUUUUUUUUAAAUCUUUGCUUUGUAUAGCUACUAACUUGUCGAUCCCCCUUAAGGAGUGCGUUGUGUAAAGAUAUUUGUCUUGUGGGUUUUACACAGCAGCAGUUUUCAUGAACUGCUCGUGUGUGUUUGGGUGAACCCCUGGAGAGCUGUAUAAACUACUGUACACUCACAUCUACUGGUAAUGUUCAGUAGAAUCAUCUCAGAAUCCUUUUUUGUUUUCCCUGUGAACUGCCUGUGCUGUGGUUGAGCCGUAACUCUUUGUCAUUUAUCCCCUUCCCUUCUAACGAAUAUCAUUGCCGUAUAUAUUGAUGGCAACAGCAGGACUGAUGUGGAACCUCGAUGUGUGUGGAGGAUAUAAAGCACUUGGUGCGCUCAUGGUUUCCCCUACAUGUGACGUUACACAGACCUUUUUCUUUCCUGGAAUGUAUGCUGGGUAACACUGUUGGUCACAUGGGAAGACUUCAGGUUGAUUUAAAAAAAAAAA